AUGUUUGGUGACGAGUACGGUAGUUUAGUGGUUGUUGCUACCGUAUCGACUGCUACGAUUCUCGCGUUUUCUUGGAUUUUGCGAAGACAUUCGAUUGUAAUCAAUGCCGUGUUCGCAGUCGUUAUAUCCAUUGCAAUUUUUGCAUUUUCUAAUUUAGUGAACCGAUCCAUUUUUGGAACUUUGGAACUUCUUUUUCAAAUGGUUAUCGGUUCUACUAAUUCUUGGAAUAGAGUCUAUAUGGUGGCUUUCUGGCUGGCUAUGGUAGCCAUUUCCGUCGUAUUCUGUGUCUACGUCACGUCGAUUGGAAGAAGUAGCACAGUUCAUAGAAAAUUCUUCCAUCUUACAGUAUCUCUCAUCUACAUAUCUGGAAUUCUUCUAGAUCCACUUUUCUCUUGGCUAUGUGCUUGGCUGUGGUUGUGCAUUUUCAUUCUAACCGAGCUACUUCGAUACUUAAAUGUUCCUCCAUGGGGAGCUGUGUUGAAUGAGCAUUUGCUUAUUUUCAAGGAUUCUCAAGAUUCAGAAUUGCUCCUUACUCCAAUCUACCUGCUAGUUGGAAUCUUUUUACCACUGAUGUUGUCUGGAAACGUCAGGGACUCGGAUUUCGAACCAAAACUGGCACAUUUCGCUGGAGUUGCUGCAGUUGGUGUUGGCGAUUCAAUGGCUGCGAUUGUGGGAUCCACGUGGGGAGAGACUAAGUGGCCUGGAAAUGAAAAAUCUUUAGAAGGCACUCUGGCAAUGAUGUUUUCAAUGCUAACAUUCCUUCUUAUCACUAACACUUUCAUCCACGAUGCCUCUUCUGUAGUUUCAAUCAUUUCAGUUUCAUUAAUUGCUUCUGUGUUAGAAGCAUUUCUCAGUGCUAUGGAUAACUUUAUCCUUCCUUUCAUAACAUAUCUGAUUUUAUGA